AUGAUUCCUUCAACUUCGAUGAAAUACGUGAACACAUCUAAGGAUGAAACCCUACGACAAUAUCUUACUCGUCAAAAUGUGGACAUAGAUUCACUAUUACUGAUAGAGUCUGAUUUCUAUUCAGAUACGAAACUAUUCACAAGAUUUCUAGAUUCCACUCUAAUAACUCCAAUAUCUGAAUAUAAUACUAAUUCUGAGACACUCGAUAAGAUCAAGGGUUCAUUAGAUCAAAAUCUUCCUUAUUCACAUGUGAUAAACACUUUGAUAAGACAUCUAUUAGAUGAAAAGAUUUAUAAUGUGUUGGCAUUUGGAUAUAGCUAUCGGUCAGAUAAGUAUUAUGUUAAUUCCGAAGUUCAUAACCCAAAUGUCAGUUUCAACGUGAACCAAUUGAAGAGCCAUCUCUGGGAGACACUUUAUAGGAAAAUUCCUAUUCAUAAAUAUCUUAGAUUGGUACUAACGACUAAUUGCUUCAUUCGAUUAGAAACUGGUAAUUAUGCUCAAAUUUUUGGUUCAAUAGGUGCUAAUUUGAACAGGGAAACUCUAGGAAAUGAUAAGAUAUUCAUGAAGAGUAAAGUAUUGUACAGGGAAGAAAGCUAUUACAAAUUUAUCUUACCUAACUGUGUUGAUAAUUUGAUGCUCAAAUUAACAAAGUCGAGGACUUCUUUGAAGAGGAAAAAAUUUCGUAACUUAAAGCUUGUAUGUCAAGAGAUACUUGAAAACCAUGCAAAAUGUCCAUACCUGGAAAUUUUCAAAUCAUUAGUUCUGGAUCCUUUCCCUGUAGGAGAAGGAAACUUUUUUGAAUUGUCAACUCCUCUCGCAUUGAUCAUAAGAUUUGUUUCUGUGAUACUUGGUAAAGUUUUCCCACUCAAGUUGUGGGGCUCAACAAGGAACAGAUCAUUGAUAUUCCAUAAAGUUGUCGAAUAUAUCAGGUUAGGCAAGAAUGAGUAUUUGCAGAUUCAUGCAAUAUUGAGUGGGAUCAAAACUACCGAUAUUCUCUGGAUAAACAAUGUGUCUAGUGGUAAAGUCAAAUCUAAUUCUUUACAACAUAAUGAAAAGAGUAAAACACACUUAAUACAGCUUCUCAGUUGGUUCUUCAACGAAUAUAUUCCCAAUUUAGUUGGAUGUUUCUGGUAUGUUACUGAAUCUUCUAAGGGUGUUACUUCUGAGCUUUUGUAUUAUCCCCAGAAAAUAUGGAGAAAGAUGUCUGUACCUUGGUUUGAAAAUUAUAAGAGGAAUUAUUUAAGGAAGUCAUAUAAUUGUUUCGUACAUGACCCCAACAACAAUCAAAGGCAUACCGGUAAAGAGUAUUUCCAUGGAAAGCCAAGACUAAUUCCAAAGCAACAUGAUUUCAGAUUACUUUGUAUACCUGUAAAGUCUGAUAUUCGGAAGUACAAUAGUUAUUUGUACAAUUAUAUCUAUCCUUUACGAGCUCUUUUAAGAAAGAAGGUUCAUGAAAAAUCGUCAGAGUACAAACAUCCAUGCUGUUAUUCUACUUCGGAUGUAAUAAUGAACCUACAGGGAUUCAUAAAACGUCUAAAUUUGAACAAUGAAGGCAAGAAGUUAUAUGUUGUUAAAUUUGAUAUGAAGCAAUGUUAUGACAUGUUAAAUAAGCGACAGAUCAUCAAUACCAUUGAUAAAUUGUUCGAGUUUCAAGGAAGUAGAGGUGAAUAUAAGUACUUUAUACGUGAAUUUGGCAAGGCAAGAUCAACAACUUCCAAAUUUAGAAAUACAUUUUACGAAAUUAAAGACAAGCUUAACAUUAAUAAAUUUGAUAUAUACGAAACGAAAGAAAAAUUAACUGUGGACAAUGCCAGUGAACCCGUUUUGGUUGAUAGAUGUAUCACUAAAGUUUUUUCGGGAUCCGAAAUUUACAAUAUUAUUUAUGACCAAGUGUUUCAUUCAACCUUGGUUUUAAAGAAUGAUAAUAAUAGUGAGGAGUAUUGUUUUGAAAGACAAAGAGGGCUAUUCCAAGGAUUUCCUCUACUGGGUACAUUGUGUGAUAUUACAUACAAUGAUCUAGUUCAGACCUACUUUAAUUUUUUGAAGAAAGAGCUGUCUAUUCUUUUGCGAUUAGCUGAUGACUUCUUAGUGAUUUCAACUGAUAGGGAUCAAUGCGAACAAGUGAAUAUUUUGAUUCAAGAGGGCUUUGAUGCAAGUCAUGGUGCAUUUGUAAAUACUGAAAAGACUGUCACCAUCAACCUUGACAUAAAUUCACAAAGCAUAGUACAAUUCGUUGGCCUUCAAUUUAAUCCUUCGACUUUAGAGAUUAUUAGGAGCAAUAUUUCUAAAAUACCAAUUAGUCAAGUUCAUUUAAGAAACUCUAAGUCACUCUUUUCGUACUUAACUCUUUAUUAUCAAAGAAACCUUAAUGAAUUUAAUUUCGAUUUUGAAACUGAAUCUGCUUGCUGUAUUUUAGACAAUAUUGAAAGUGUUCUCCAAGCUGUUUUGGAUUCAUUUUGUACAAAUAUAAAGGCAGUUUCAAAGACCGAUGGCAAUUUUGAACAAGAUCAAAGUCUUUUAUUUUUGCUCAACUUGUUAGUUGUCACAUUAGACAAUGACCUUGAGCUUACCAGUUUGGAGGUUGAUAUAGCAAAUAUUUUCGAAUUCUGCCUUAAACUGAAACUAAAAAAUUUUCCGUUCUUACAAGGUGUGAUUGAUUUGGCGAUCUCCUUUAUAAAAACGGAGAAAUUAUAG